AUUAAUAGUGCGAAUUGAAAAUACUGAGUGCAAAAUAAAAUAUAUAUAGGUCUGUGUUUAUUGUUUACAUUUCAUCUACUUCCGGACCCGGUGUGUCCUAAAUUUACGAAGAAAUGGUUGAAGACUAGAUCUAGAUGAGAUCUACAUCUAGUUCUAGACAUAGAUCUCUAGAUCUACUGAUCUAGUAGUCUAGGUCUAGAUAUUAGAAUUAGAUCUAUUCUUAGAAUCUACCUCCAAGAAUGAAAUCAGCUCAGCCUUGAGUUGGACGACAUGCUUUAACACUUUUCCCCUGGAGAGCCAACAAACGUUGGUGUGAUACAGGAGACAUUAGUAGUCUGAAUCCAUUGCUUCACAAAGCUCUGAGGAAAGUCAGAAUGCAAGCGGUCGAGAUUUGAGGAAGUUUACAACUUCAAUCACUUGAUCCAGAACAGACAUCAAAUAUUUGAAGGCAAGAGCUUCUCUGUGGAUCAUGCAGUGAACAACUAAUACAUUUGGAUUUUCUUGACGCACAAGAGUGAAGAAUCCCUUUCUAUUUCCCUGCAUGGAAGGACAGCCAUCGGUGCAAACGCUGACACAGUUUGUCUCCACUGUACUUUGAAUAGCAAAAUGUUUUCGUUCACCACUUAAAAAUCUUCGUAGUUGGUGGCGAUUUUAUUGUUUACCAUGAAGUUGUCUACUUUUCAAAUUUUACUGACCAAGUUUUGUACAGUGACUGAUCCAUCUGCAGUUUCCGAACCAGUAACUGAUAUCUCAAAAAAAUAUUGCUAUACUGAUGGUGUCUGGUCACCUCAGAUGAUCAACAUGAUUUGUUCAUUGAAAGACACUUGAAGGUGUAAGUUGUAAAAGGUUUUGAAAGACUUGCCAAAGCAAGGCAUUCUUGACAGGGAUAAACAUUGGGAGCAGCUCUAGCUGACUCAGCUCAGAGGAUGACAUCACAGUUAAUUGACAUCUUUCUGUUAACAAUGCAUGGAUUAUCUUAUCUUCUUCAUUCUAGGGGAAUUAUGCAUUAAGUGAAGACAUCUUGCUGUAGAAGAGAAGAAAAAUUCAGAUAUUCCACAUGAUUUACAAUAUGGCUUUGAUUGUCUUAUGUUAAUGGCUGGUAAAGAACUGAAACAUGUAGGCUGGAGAAUCACUUGAUAGAAAUCAAGAUGUUUAGUCACUUUGGGAGCAGUGAUCUUGAGAUUUCGAUGCUAGAUACUCUCAGAUUUGAAAGCCGGUAUCUUGGAUAUUUUCUUAGCUCCUCUAGAUCAAGAUGGCAAAGAACUUUAUAAGGAUAGGUCUCCCAUCCAUCACACAACAUUCAAGCACCAAUGGGUUUCUUUCAAGGAGUUGAAGAUAAGGUAGUUCCCCUUCAAAGCUGAGAUGAGGAAGUUAAAGCAAAAGGACUGCAAUGUUUGUUUCUAGGACCAGACACAAGAGAAUUCGACAACAUAUGUAUCAGAAGAUCAAAAUGAGAAACUGAAAUCUGCCCAUUUGGAGUGUCACCAGAGAAUGCUGACCAUCUCCUCCAAAACUGCUCUCUUUACCAAGAGGCUGUACAUGACACUGGCCCCAAAACACCCCAAUAGAAAGAAAACUAUAUGGAGAGUUCCCUGAUUUGGAAACCACUGCGAAAAUAAUCUCAUAUACUGGUCCAGUCAUCUGAAUGCUCCAAUAAAAAAAUGAGAAGGAAGAAGAAAGAAGAUUGGAAGCAACAUGGCUAUCAAAAAGCAGAGACGAUACAAACCUCAUUAGAUGGAGAGUUUUAUUUUGUUGGUAAAGUCCUUGGUUUUGAGCCAGCAGAGAAACAUAGAAAGGGCCGUACACAUAUAUGUAAAAUACAUGCUAGAUCUAUGAGUGUAGAGAAAGAUAUUCGUUAUGAGCUGCUGGCUAGAUUAUGCCCAAACAGUACAGGAGUGGAAAUUCGUAGUGUUGGCACAGAAGCUGGAAUGUUUGCUAUCAGGGUUCAUAGGAAGAUGGCUACAGAGAAAGAUUUUCUGGAAGCAGUAAAUAAAGUCAUCAAAGCCUACGCCAAAUCUAGUGCAACUCCUUGCUACAUGACUUACAAUGAAAUCAAUUGUAGCUUGAUAGAAAUGUCUACUAGAGAAUCAGUACAGAACUUGUGUUUACUCACUGAUCUGACUUUAAACUUAAGUGAAUCAUUGUUUGUAUUCAUGAUGUUUUAUUUUAACUUAUUAAAUCAUGGUAUCUUUCUUAUUAAAUAUGUUGUCAGUGUGGUUUUUACUUUUGUCAGUAAUUUGUUCCAUCUGGAUGUUCCUUUGCAAUUUAAGAUUAUUGCAUCCCAAACCUCCUGCAGGAUAGCUGGGAAUGAGUAUGGGCAUUUCAUCUAGUAGGGUAGCUAAUAGAAUCUGAACAUGAAUGAACUAGAUCAGUGUGCUUGAUACUCAGGGCAUUAAAAAGCAAUGCAUGAACAGUACCCAGAUGUGGCUUAAUAUCAAUUGAUAAAGACACUAGAAAGCAUUAUGAAAAUAAUUCUUCAAAAAUCAAGUGUACAGAAAUAAUUUUUUGGGUAAAUAGGUUGGCAUGUCUUGAGCUUAUUUAAAACAUAAAAAUAUAUUUUUAAAAAUUUAGACAAU